UGUGUGUGGUUUUGGCUCUAAAGUAUCUCUAUUCUUUUUCUAAACGCAUUAUUUUUUCCAAAAGAGAAAAUUCCACACUAAUGGCGUGAAUUUUACGCGUGUCUGUUUAGCACAACUACGACAGCGACAGUUUGUAUCGAUUGAAUUGUUUAUUGAGUUCAUUCAAGAUGGAACAGUUAUUAUUAAUAAUCGCCGGGUUUCACUUGAUAUACUGUCCGUUUACGAAAGUUGAAGAAAGUUUCAAUCUCCAAGCCAUACACGACCUUUUGUACCACGGCUCUAAUUUAAACGAGAAUAUCUAUAAUUGUCGGGGCUUUAUUUUGGUGUCGGACUAUUGUGCCUCUAUAUAUUAUGACCAUCAUGAGUUUCCUGGUGUUGUGCCAAGAACAUUUCUAGGACCAAUAGUAAUAUCAGGCAUUGCUUCACCAGCUGUUGCUGCUGUCAAAUAUUGGGAACUUAAUAAAUUCUUUGCCCAAUACAUUGUUAGAGCUGUUUUAGGCUCGACUGUUUUAGCUACAUUCAUACUGUAUAAAAGAGCCCUUCAAUCAAUUUUUGGUGCUAAAUUAACAAGAUGGUUCCUCAUUAUUACUGUGACACAAUACCAUUUCAUGUAUUAUCUCAGCCGACCAUUGCCAAAUAUUAUGGUUAUGCCACUAGUUCUACUUGCUCUGUAUGCAUGGCUGAGACAAAAACAUGUUCUUUUUAUUAUGUCAUCUGGAGCCGCAGUAAUUAUAUUCAGGAUAGAAAUCGCUAUACUACUGGGUUUAUUUUUACUUUAUGAUAUUGCUUACAAGAAAAUUACUUUAGCUGGAGUAUUAAAAAUUGUACUACCUACUGGAAUAUUUUUACUAAGUUUAACAAUUAUUGUUGAUUCUUAUUUUUGGAGGAGAAUUUUAUGGCCAGAAGGAGAAGUUUUUUAUUUCAACACCAUACUCAACAGAAGCAGUGAAUGGGGUACAUCACCAUUUUUGUGGUACUUUUAUUCAGCGUUACCAAGAGGUUUAGCGCUCUCUUAUCUUCUUGUACCAUUUGGAAUGUUAUUGGAUUCUAGAGUACGAGUUUUGACUGUACCUGGUGUAGCAUUUGUUUUCUUUUUUUCAUUUUUACCUCAUAAAGAGCUAAGAUUUAUUAUGUAUGUUUUUCCCUUACUGAAUGUAAGUGCUGCUGUGGUUUGUCAUCGUAUCUGGGAAAACCGCGAAAAAUCGACGUGGCAUGGUUUAUUAGCAUUAGGUGUUCUUGGACAUAUAAUUUGUAAUACAAUAUUUUCAAUGUUUCUAUUAUGCUUGGCUAAACAAAAUUAUCCUGGUGGCAUGGCGAUUGCAAGACUACAUAGACUUGAAAGAGAUUCCCCAGUACCAAUCCAUGUUCACAUUGAUGUUUUAACAGCUCAGACUGGAGUUUCAAGGUUCACUCAAACCAAUGCUUCAUGGAUUUACUCGAAAGAUGAAAAUAUCACAAUCGAUGAUCCAGAGAUGUUAAAAUUUACACACUUAUUAGUAGAAGCCAAAAGUAAAUAUUCAUCACACCUUAAGCCAUAUUUAGAAACUCAUGAUAUAUUAGAUUCAAUAGAGGCUUACUCAAAUGUAGAACUCAAUUAUCACUCAAUGUUCCCACCUAUCAAAAUAAAAACCAGGCCAUCAAUAUUUAUUUUAAAAAGGAAACAAAAUAUAAAAUACAAUCCACCACGAGACACAGUUAAAAGUCAAUUUUUUAUAGAUGAAAAAAUGAAAAUAAAAAAAGAUGAAAUCAGUGUUAUUAUAAACAACUCAGAAAUAAUGAAUAAUAAUUUACUUGUGGAUUCUGAGAAAACUGAAGAGUUAUAUGAAGGACAAACAGAAAAUUUUGAGCAGGCUGUAAUUGUAGAAAACGAUUCUGGAGAAAAUAAUGAACAAGAAAAUAUUCAAACAGAUUAUCAAUUCUUUGAAGAAAAUGAGCUGAAAAUUCUUUCAAAAACAUUAAAGAAAAAGAAUAUUGAUUAUAAUAGUAGUGAGGACAAACAGGAGUCAACGGAAAUAAAAAGUGAACCAAAAAUGAAGCCAAUUUUAAAAAAAGGCAUAGAGAAUAAAUUUGAUCAAGUGGAACCAAGUAAUUCAAACAGUAUAUUAAAAGCUAAAAUUCAUGAUCCACAAUCUUUUCAACAUACCAAAGUCAAAAAAAUAGUUAUGGAUGCAUCAAAAAAAACAAUCAUAUCGCAAAAUCUUUUAAGUCAAAAAAAUUUUAAACCAAAUGAAGAGUUCAAAAUAAAUGAUGUUGAAGACACUUCAGAAUCCAAUUUAGAAGUAGAUAGUUUUAAAAAGAAUAAAAAAUCUGCUAAUUUGAAAAACAUAGUGAAGAAAGUUUUGAAAAAUAAUGAAGUUUCAGAUAAUAUUAAAAUUAAAAAAAUAUUAAAUUUAGAACAAAAAAAAAUUGAAAAUGAUAUCAAGUUCAAUCGAGACACAAUAAAAAAUAAAAUUAAAACUAAUCGGAUAAAAGAUGUAGUGAAAAAACUUAUUCAAGAAAAGAGAGAAGAGAGUAGAACAAAAACUGAAGAGCCUGUAAGUGAUGAAAAUCAAGAAGAAGAUUUUAAAGUAGAAGCCACAACUAAAGUUAAACUAAAUAAAUCUAAAAAAUUUAAGUAUGAGCAAAAGAGUUCUUUCCAAGAGUCAGACUUUACAGAAGAGAAACAGGACCGGAAGAAUGAACUAGUAAAUGUACAAGAAACUAUUGGUAGUAUAAUUAAAUUAUUUAAAGAGUUUGAAAAUGAUUUGGUUUCUGAUGAUGCUCAAGCUUUAAAUACAUGGAUAGAAAAUGAAACACAGUCUAUAGAUGACAAUAAAACUGAUAAUAAAAAGAUGACAGCAAAUGUUGAAGAUAAUAUUUAUAAAGAUCCAAAAGAGAGUUUGAAAGGAAUUUUGGAGCUGUUUAGGGAGCUUGAAGAAGAAUUAGUUACCGAUGAAGAUUCAAUAACUGAAGAUAUAGAUAACAUUGAGAGAUCAUACAUGGACAAGCCUAUUUCUGAAACACUUAUGCAAUUUAACAAGGCUUUGAAAAAUUUUAUUCAAAGUAGAAAGAUAAAAAUGAAUAAAUCUUUGAGUGAUGAAGAUGUGAAUAAACAGCAAAAAUCACAGAAGAAAUCAAAGACAAAUAAAUAUUUGAAAUUUGAACUUUGAAAAAGAAACGUAAAAGAGUUACUUGUUAUAAAGUAAUAAGUUGAUUAUGUAAAAGACUAAACGAAAAGUAUGAUUUAUUUGUAGCUGCAGUUAUUAUUAUAAAAGUAUAUAAGACUUGAUAUAAAUAAUGUUUUUCAAAUGUGUGUUUGCUAUUGCUAGAAAGAUGAAUGUACAGGUGAAUGUUUAUAAAAAGUAGAUUUUUAUAUUGAAAGAUUUUAAUGUAAAGUUUUAAUUAUAACUUUAAAUAUAAACACUGUGAUAGGAAGAAUGCUUUCAAAGUUCAAAUUUAGUUAUUGCAACCAGUGCAACAUAUUUUAACACAUCACAACAAAUGAACCUGGGACAAAAGUUUUA